AUGACUGCGCCACCACCGCCAGCUCUCGUCCCUCCCCUGCCGUACAUGCCGCCCGCCGAUUCGUUCGCCGCCGACACUUCGGGCACAGCAGCCGGUACACAGCAGCAGGCCCAAGGCGAGUCUUCGACAUCAGCUUUGGCGUCAUCGUCUUCGCCGCCUCUCUCAGGCAGCUUUGCCGCUGCGGCGGCAUCCACUGCCCAUCGCGCCGCGGCAUCCGCAGGCGAUGUCGCGCUGGACGGAAUGCUGGAUCGCGAUGAUGAUCCGCUGAUCAACGAGCUCGGUGCUACGGGCGCCGGAAAAGGCAAGGGCCCGGGCCGGCCGCCGCGGCAGCCGCGCAAAAAGGGCGAGCCAGGGCACACAGUCGACGAUGCGCUCAAGGACUACGUCGCGUCACAGGUACUCGCGGGCCACCUGACGAUUGCGCAAGCGUGCAACGGGCGCAUCUCACGCGCGACGUUGUAUCGCGCGCUUAAGGACAAGCGCGAGCUCGGCCACGUCAAGCCGCGGCGCAAGAGCACGGGCCGCAGACCCAAAGCGACGGACGCGGCACGCGCGUACGUCGCAGAGCUCUUCCGUCAGCGCCCGAGCAUUUACGCCAAAGAGGUCCGCGAGCUGCUUGAAGCAAAGCACGGCCUCCACGUUAGCGAAAGCGCCAUCUAUCGCUGGGCGCAGGGCGCAGGCAUCAAGAUGAAGCCUCGCUCAACCAAGGCAAAGCAGCGCGAGGCAGAGGCACAACAGCUGCAGCAUGCGGUCGGCAGCAGCACCAGUCCCAGCACCAGUAGUACCAGUGGCGGCCACGGACAUCACCCGCACGUACAUCACCCGCACACGCAUCACCCGCACGCGCAUCACCAGCACUCGCAUCCGUAUCCGCAUUCACAACAGGCGAUGCAACAUGCGCUCAGCGCGCCAUUCAGCAGUGGUGGUGACAGUGGCAGCGGCAGCGCAGGAGCAGCGGCCGGAACUGCGGGCGCCACGUCGAACAUUGCAGCCGCUGCGGCUGCAGCAAUAACGGGCUCAAUCGGCGGGCAAGCAUGGCCCCCAAGUGCGUCCGCGCACGAUCAGCAACACGACUUCUAUCCGCCGCCGCCGCAGCAGCACCAGCACCGGUACUCGCACGCGCCGGUUCCGUAUGGUCUAGCCAACGGCAACGGCGGAAAAGAUGGAAACGCGCCUGCCACGCUGACCUCAGGGCCAGGAGCAAGCGCGAAUGCUGCAAUGGAUGGCAUACCUGCUCCUCCACCUAUAGCGCUACAGCAUGCGAUGUACGACCAGCAUCAGCAGCCGGGGAGACGCGCGUACGCGCAACAACAACAGCAGCAGCAGCAAAGCACACCAGGCAUUCAUCCAACGCUCGAGGCAGCCGGUGGUAAUGGUAGUGUGCGCGCAGGGAGCAGUGCCGGCAUGGGGUAG